AUGCUCCUGCCUUCUCUCGUCGCGCUUCUCGCGUUCCUUGCCGUCCGAAAAGCCCACGCCGCAGAAAACAAAACGUAUCAUAACCCGGUGCUGCCUGGCUUCCACCCAGAUCCCUCCUGCGUGCUCGUGACCGAGUGGAACGAUACAUUCUUCUGCGCCACGAGUUCGUUCAACGCAGUACCCGGCGUGCCCGUUUUCGCCAGCCGCGACCUUCAGAACUUUCGACAGAUCGGAAACGUGAUCACUCGCGAAGACCAGCUUCCAGGACUCGCCACCACGAACGGUUCCACGGGCGGCAUAUGGGCUCCUACAAUCCGCUAUCACAAUGACACUUUCUUCGUCGUCACUACGCUCGUGUACGACAACAAGACUGCGAACGACACUUCUCGCUGGGACAAUAUCAUCUUCCAGACCUCCAACCCUUACGACUCCAGCCUGUGGUCUGAUCCUGUUCAUUUCGAGUUCGAAGGCUAUGACACCUCCCCCUACUGGGAUGCGAACGGCACCUCAUACAUUGUCGGCAGUCACGCUUGGAAGAUCGAGGAAAUGAUCAAAGGCUUCCAGCUCGACUUCAUCACCGGCGACAUUAUCGGCGAUGUGCACGACCUCUGGCCCGGCGAAGGUGGCAUCGCGCCGGAAGCUCCCCACCUAUUCCUGAGAGAUGAUGGGUACUAUCUGAUGAUCGCGGAAGGCGGCACAGGCCUGGGACACGAAGUCAAUAUGGCCAAGGCGCCCGCAAUGUGGGGAUCUUACGAAGGGGCGCCCCGAAACCCGCUGCUGACCGCUGCUAACACAACGGCGCCUUUUCAGACAGUAGGCCAUGCUGACCUCUUCCAAGACACGCAAGGCAACUGGUGGGCGGUUGCUUUGUCAACGCGAUCAGGACCGGGAUACGUUUAUUAUCCUAUGGGCCGCGAGACCACCCUCACACCGGCUGCAUGGCCUCAGGGCGAUUAUCCUGUCUUCGACGUCGUCAACGGUACGGAAUCCGGCCCUCUACCUCCCGUAAACAAGGACAUUGACAGCGAUGGAUACUGGGUGGGCGAAGCGUCGGAGACAUUGACCUUCCCGAAAGGCUCUUCUCUUCCUUACCACCUCGUUCACCAACGCUUCCCCGAUCCUUCCGCCUAUCUGACUGGCCAGACCGUUCUUGGUCAUCACGAUUCUCUGGCGCUUGUGCCCAGCGCUACGAACCUCACGGGUCCGGAUGGCCGUACCGCACCGACGCCGCAAACAUUCGUGGGUCGGCGGCAAGAGCACAUUGAGUUUUCGUUCAAUGUGAAUGUAUUCUUCAAUGCCACGGAGGACGGCGCCGAGGCAGGAAUCACUGUAUUCCUGAACCAGGGCCAGCACUUCGACCUCGGCGUUGUCACGCUCUCGGCCGAGUCCGCGCGCGCAGCAGGUUACACAAUCAACGACUUUAGCAAUACCACGGACAUUGCGCGCUAUAUCCGUCUGCGCACGAUUACAGCUAACUCAACCAACGAAGGCGCUAGCGAUCCGCUUUCAGGACCGGCUAUCUUACCAUUGCCCGAUACACGCGCCGAAGAGCCGCUGAAGCUGCAAGUUGAGGCGGUGAACUAUACCACGUACGAAUUCCGCUACGCGUCGCGCGAUACUGAUUCGUGGACGACUGUCGGGUGGGGCAACUCGAGUCAAGUCAGCGGUGGCUUUGUCGGAACAAUAGUCGGUCUCUUCGCGAGUGGUAAUGGCGUCAACGUAUCGACUCCGGCAUACUUUUGGGAUUGGGCGUAUGAGGGUAACCCAAACGUCAUUUAA